CAUUCCACAUGACAAGUUCUUACAUUGGCAUAGGAGAUAUUGCUAUAGAAGACAUCUUCAAAUGGGUAACAAGUAAACCUAAAAUUGUUAUAGCUUCCACAAUUGUUUGCAGGUUCAUGGAUGACAUAGUCUCUAGUGAGUUUGAACAAGAAAGAGAACAUAUUGUCCCACUCUUAGAAUGCUAUAUGAGAGAAUAUGAUAUAUCUAAAGAAGAAGCCAUUCAAGAAUUACAAAAGGGAGUUACAGAGGCUUGGAAGAAUAUAAAUGAGGAAUGCCUCAAGCCAAUCAAAGUUCCAGUGAUGGUUCUAAUGCGUAUUGUCAACAUGGCACGAUUUAUUGAUGUGAUGUACAAAGAUGAAGAUUGCUACACUCAUGCUAAAGAGAAAAUGAAGGAAUGCAUCAAGCUUUGCUUGUCGAUCCGGUGCCAAUAAAAUGGGAGGAGAAUUUUCUUAUUUAAUAUAUUAUCCUUUGAAUUAUCCAGUUAUUUACACUUAGAGAUUGUAUGAAUAAAAUUUACAACCUUUUGCUGGUUAAGAAAUACUAUAAUAUA